ACGAGCAAUGGCCGCCGAGAUCAAGCCGCUCCGGAGCUCAGGCCCGACCAAGACCGUCAGCACAGACAAGCCGGUGCUCGUGUCCAAGAUCGAGGGCGGCAGCGACGACGUGAACGCAGCCGUGCUAAUAGACUCGGGCACGGGCGUGAUCUCCGUGGGCGAUGACAAGUCAGUACGCAUCUGGCAACGACGGGACUCUGGCCAGUAUUGGCCAAGUGUUUGCCACUUUUUGCCUUCGAUUCCCAGUUGUUUCCACUACACGCCUGAUAACAGACGCAUGUUCAUUGGUCUCGACAAUGGUACAGUUACGGAAUUCGAGGUGGCCUCAGACUACAACAGCAUCAGACACAAGCGUGACUACCUAAGCCACCAAAACCGAGUGACAGGUGUCAUCUUCUGCCCCUCUGCGGAAUGGGUACUCUCAGUCGCCCGGGACAAGUUCUUUGUUUAUCACUGCACAGAGAGUGGGCGACGACUAGGAGGGCAUCAGUCCUCAGGCUGGUGCACAGCCCUGCAGUAUGACUACAAGAGUAAACACGUGUUUGUGGGUGAUUACAGUGGACAGAUUACAAUGCUCAAGUUGGAGGAGAGUGGGCCACAAGUUAUUACUGUACUUAAGGGUCAUAAUGGCUCCAUUAGAUCACUAGCCUGGGAUGUAGACAGACAGCUCCUAUUCUCAGGUUCCUAUGAUCAGUCAGUCAUUGUGUGGGACAUUGGAGGAGGGAAAGGAACGGCCUUCGAGCUGCAAGGACAUACGAGUAAGGUAUCAUCACUUGUCUAUGGCUCUGUAAGUCACCAGCUGAUCUCAGGUGGAGAAGAUGCUACUGUCGUAUUCUGGGAUAUGAAGGCAAACAGACAAGAGACUCCAGAGUGGAUAGAAGCUGAUUCUUGCCAGUACUGUGACCGUCCCUUCUUCUGGAAUAUCCGUGCUAUGAUGGACCAGAAACAAAUUGGACUGCGGCAACACCACUGCAGAAAAUGUGGGAAGGCUGUGUGUGACAGUUGCAGCAGUAAGCGCUCCACUAUCCCAGUCAUGGGUUUUGAGUUUGAUGUCCGAGUUUGUGAUAAUUGCCACUCCACCAUUUCUGAUCAGGAGCGGGCAUCACUUGCAAAGUUUCACGAGGUGAAGCACAACAUUGUCUGUAUGGACUUAGAUGAGGAAGCAGGUCUUCUCCUCACUGUUGGCCAAGAUCGAGUUAUGAAAAUGUGGGAUGUCUCAAGCUUGCUGAAUUGAUGUGAUGUACGCAUCUUGUGGAUUAGGAUUCACUGUCCCAUGCUGAGGUCUGAGACCAGACAGCAUCUGAUCUUCGCAUUCCAUGACUACUUAUAGUGUGUAAUGAUGAUAUUGUAUGUGAUUGAAAAUAAGAACCAUGUAAGUGUUAAAACUUAGGAGCAACCUUUGUAAUAAAGAACAUUCAUAAUGAAAAU